AUGGACUCGGUGGAGGUGCAGACUGGCGCCUUGUACUGCGAUAAGGACGCAGCGCCUGCGGUGCGUGGAGCAUUGCGUGACGUGCUGGAUCAGGAAGAGAAGCGUGAAGACCAAUGUGUAGAUAGCUACUGCAGUGAAGACGGCAGUGUAGACCAAGACAUGGACUGUUCGUAUACACAAGUGCUAUUGCCGGAGUCUAUGGACGAUGUUACGAACGCAGUAGAAGUGGAAGAGCUGCCGAUGAGCUCAGUUACAAUUCAGUCUUCUGUGAAGGAGCAUGUGUCGUCUGCUGAGACUCUUGUUGAGAUGGGUACUUUUUCGAUCACGGAAGCAGCUGGAUCUCUAGAUGGUGAGCGUACGUCUUUGCUGAAGGAUGAUGCCUCUACAUUGGAGAAAGGUUCGUCCUUGACUUGCGUUCAGUUGCCGGUGAAGGUUCAAGCGCCAUCUUCAAGUGUGCAAUCGUUGUCGGCUAAGAGUUUACAGGCUGUUAUUACUCAGUCUCCUCCUAUUGCUGGAAGAUCGGAUGAGGGAAACGAUGGGAUCGAAAUAGCGAGUGUCAACGUUUCUGAGGAGUUUCGUGCUGACGGUGCAGAAGGACAGUUCACGAAAGUGUUUCCUGCUGUGGCGAAGCUGGUAGAGACGGAUGGCUGGCAGAUCGCCCAGGGCCAAAAUACGUUAUUCUGUGCGAUGCCUGGCGUGCAGUUUUUCAACUUUAAGCCGAAUAUUAACGUAUUCGACUCGAAGACGAAAGCGUGCUGGAAGUUUAUUCAAGUUGCGGGGGAGAAGGAGGUAGACAUAGAGGAUAAAGGCCUGUGGGAGUUGCUGUGGCCGAUUGCGGAGAAAGAGUUUGGAUGGUUUACGAUGAUGUGUGGUACUGAGACGUGGUUUGUUAAACCGAACACCGAGUUUGAGAACUUUCGACCGAACGAGACGAUCUUUCAGACAAAGAAGCGCGCUGUGCUCAAGUGCUUGGCCUUGGAGGUGGGGGAAAUUGAGCUGGGUGACUCGUCCGAGGGUCAUCAGGUUGUCGCCUUUGCUCCGCGUGAAGCGCAGCGGAAACCCAGUUUUGCUCCUAAGAAAGUUAAGACGUCAUUAUUCAAGACCCCGUCGCCAGGAAUAAAGAGCUCGAAGCAGACUGUUUCAAGCUCAGACUCAAGCACCGCGUUUGUGACACCUGCUAAGCACGUGUCACCUGGUUCAGCUACCGCUAGUGCAAAGCGUAAACUCUCUUCUUCCGUUUCGAAUGUGAGCCUAAAGGCCUCUACAUCGAAGAAAAAAGCGAAGACGGGCGGCAGUGUAAGUGCGAAGAAAGCGACGACGAAGCGGAAAGCCAAGUCUCCUUCAUACACGACUUUGGAUACCGGCAAGCGAGACGAGUUCAACUUCACGCCUCCUGAGUUCAGGUGCACAUUCGGGAUUGUGUACGCGAAGCUUCAGGAUGAGGGCUGGCACCACCGAAGUGGGACGUUCGAGUACGAUUACUUUUCGCCGACCUACACGGAUGCGACCAAGAAGGUAAAGGUCAAUUUCUUUCAGUCGCAGGCGGAUCUGGAGGAGUUUCUCAAAAUGAGUAGCACAUGGAAGCGCAUUGAGAACGAACUUCGAGACGAGCACGAGAAAGCGGUGGACGAAGAGCGCAAGAAAGCUCUAGAUCGACACCACCAGCGGCUGGAGCAACAGGCAGCUCGAAAGCGAAACCUAGCAUUGUACGGUGCUCCGCCUGCUGUGGCAAAGGCAAAGAAAUCUACCAAGAAAGGAUCUUCCAAAAAGGUCAGCACUCCGCUUGUGUCUCGCAGUCUGUACCAAACUGAAGUCGAAGCUGCCCGGGCUCUUGAAGCUGAGGAGUUGAGGCUGGCUAGAAUGCCUCGGUUAAAGUUUGGCACCGUUGUGCAGAAGCUGGUCAAGCGGGGCUGGUUCUACCGGCCUGGACGUUUUGAGUACGACUACUUCACACCUGGUGCCAAUCCAAAAACAGCGGUGGCCGGCGAAGAUCGCUUCGAAAGUGCUUCUGCUUUGGAAGUUUAUUUGAAGACGACAGGGAUUUGGGAGAAAAUCGCAGAGGAGGUAGCGCUUGAGGAGCACACCGAGCCGGACAUGAAAUCGCGGGAGCGACCACCGAAGCAUAGCAAACUCGAGUCCCCUCCCCCGGCAUCAGCGCAGUCACCGAAGAAAGCAUUAGGCGACGAUGGUGCCCAGAAAGAGGAGGACGUGAAGGCCAUCACGAACGACAUUUGGGCCAAUUCGCACGAGUUUGACUUUAACGAGUGA